AUGGCCGGCCGCGAACCCUCACCCACGCUGUUGGCCUCGUCAGCGCAACGCAGCAAACCACACAUAUCCAUAACGUUGCCGCGCAAUUUCGCUCCUCUCAGCCUCGACAGUAGCGACGAUCCCAAGACGCCUGAUCAGACCUUCGCCGAGCUCAAACUCCCUCCCGCACCGCAUCACUCAACCUGCCGCGUGCGGCGGACGCGAGUCACAAUGGACAAUUUUCAGGCGCGUAACAAUGCCCUCCUGCCGACGCUGUUUGCUUCAGAAAUCCCAAUCCCUUCAAGCGCGCAGUCGACUCAGACCGAAUUCCUGGAUGCUGAGAUUGCCAUUCCGUCAAUCGAAGCAUCUUCCUUGCGACCAUCGUACCACCACACCGUCACAGAUCCCUCACCCAGUGACAGACUGAAGUUGUCCACCUUUCGAGACAUGCAGCUUCCACGAACUCCCAUCGCUCAGACCAAAACCGUCUCGUCCGAUUACAAGCAUGGCGCGUGGGACAUGCGACGGUCUUCCUCAGAAUGUUCCGUCCGUUCCGAUACCUCAGAGUCGUGUUCUUCAGAAAACUUCGCGACGAGACCUACUUCAUUUGAUGGAAGCGCGACAAGUCCCGACCUGGACUCUCAAGAUCCAUUUUCGCCUACACUCGUCAAGAUCAUCCCAGACACACCGUCACGGAAGAGCAAGAAAUUGAAGAUCAACACCAUGCUCUCCAAAGGCAACGUGAAAUGGAGUAUCGAAAUGGACAACCAUCUAUUCAACGUCUAUCAAAUGUACUUGGCAGAUCCCACCGUGACCCCUUUCAAGACACUCCCUGGCAGUAUUCCCCCAACCGGUGUGUGCCACCGCGUCGCCCGCAGGGCUAGGGAAACAUGGCCACGAGCAAGCAGAAUCAACCGACCGUUGAUCAAGCGUUACAAGGUGCGCAAUGUCAUCGAGACCCGGGCUCUGGCUAGAGAACGGACUCCAGAACCAAAUGAUUUCUUGCGCACUGAUGACGCCAGAAUUGCCUGGCCUUCCGAGUCUGCCACUAGGAAGCGCCUGAAGCAAUUGUGCAAAGAAAAGUUCACCAUCUCCGCGCAUUAUCAACGCUUGCGAGAAUCGAGAAGCCCCUCUCCAUUUCACGAUCAAUUCGUUCGUCAUUCCUCUUCGAGACUUUCAAGAUCAACGUCAGUUCAACCCGAUCCUGAAGCCACGACUGCUUAUGCGACGCGCGAAUUGGGUAUUUCCCUGGUGGCCAGUAGCGCAACGGGACCUCUCGCCCAGUUGGUCACGGAUUCACCACCAACACAGAAAAUGUCUGAUGAUUGGUUCAAUGCCCCUGUCAACGGUCCUUCGGAUCCCAUGACGUUAUCGACGCCCCUCGAGCCGGACCACAACAAGCUCAAAGUUGCAAACAGCAUCCCUCGGUUGGCCUCACCGUUCAAUUAUAGCACUUGGAAUGGAUCAAGUAAUUCAAACCACCGCCAUCGACGGCACAUCAGUCAUCACCAAUUCGAGACCAUCCAUGCUACAGGCUCAAGACUGCUCUCGCCAUUCAGGCCAGAAACUGAUAUUUCGCUCAACGUCAACAAACGCCGCGCUCAGCACAAUCUAGAAGAUGAAAUGAGCCCAAGUGGAAGCAAUCUCCCGGUGAAUCCCGAACUCAACCUUCCAACACCCACCACUUUCGAACCGAAGCCUGAGCCUCGGCCUGAGUUGGUUUUCACUGGCGCUGGCGACAUCAACCAGCGAAGAAUCCGUGUUCGCAAUAGAGGUGCAACACUCAGUGCUGUGCACAGCCGAGAGCACAUCGCGCGUCUCUUCAACCCUCCGUUGGGCGCAGAUGGUGCCGGCGAAGACGACGGCAUUCCACCUGUCCCACAAUUACCGGCCUCUCUUGCAGCUCUGGCAGCUCCCACCAACAGAACCAGUGCUUCGUCGUCAUUGGCACCACCGGAACUAGAUCCUACACAGAAGCGACUCGGCAGUCCAUUUGAGCUGGACCCCAAUAAACGUAGUCAACGCGCAAGACUGCCUAGACACGUUCCAAGUUUAUCCGACCCAUUCAUCAACACAAGCGCAUUUGCUACCACGCCUAGUCAUGGUCAUACUAGCAGUAUGAGCAUUGGAGAAAGAUUGGCAAUGUUCAGCACAUACCACGGGAGCCAUUUUCAACGUCAAGGGUUUCCACAACCGCCAAGAGAUGAUCCUUUUGCCUAA